AUGGCCCAGACUGUUGCCCUACGCCGUCGCCAGAACAAGAGCUGCGACCAGUGUCGAGCAGGCAAACGUCGCUGCGAUGUCGAAGUCGCCGUCCACGAGAUCCCGGCAGUCAGCGGUCUCGGUUUCCCUUCGAGCGACGAACAUGAGGCGACAAACAUUUUCGCCUCCUCUCCGUGCACGAACUGUAAGAAGUGGAAAAAGGCAUGUACAAUCGAGUGGAUCAAGUCUCAUCAGAGGCGUCAAUCGACCACUUCCAGGCGCCGGCGAGAAUCUAAGGGAAUAUCGCAGGUGGUCGACGACACGGCCACGCAAGAGGCAUGGGUCGACGGCAGCUCGAGUUUGCCACCAGAGGACAUUGACUCUAUGCUUAGCGACUCUCUCAACAGGUCGAUCUCCAGAGAAACCAUGCCGGAUGGUUCCACAACAGGCCUGUCAGCAAGUGCCAUGUUUGACGGCUUUAGUGGAUCACAGCAGGACGACAGCGCCUCUCUCGUAAACUCACAGCUCAGUCAGCCUUUCUACGACUUCACACCCCUUGACUGUCCCGAGCGCUAUUCGAACAAUUACUACGUGCCUCAGCCGGUGCUCGACCCAGAUUUCGCCAUUGAUGGCCAAUCUUCCAUAAGUUACCGCUCCGACAGGUCAAGCUCCUGGGGACAGCCUAUGUCGAAUCCUCAGUCAGUAGUUGACAGUCAGGACCAGGAAUCAACAGUGCAGGAACGUCGAUUUUCUCCCCCAUUCUACGGGAAUGGUCUAAUGAAUAAGACCGCUUCGCCCUUCGCCUCGCAUUUUCUCGCAGAAGAUCACAGUCGGCUCUAUAUCAAAAAGGGCCUGCUCAAAAUCUACCACGACUCCCUAGAAGGUGCUUUGAGCUGUUGGCUCAUUGAAAGGAAUUGCCCCUACGCGUCUAGUCCGUUUGUCGACGAAAGAGAUGCCUGGAGCUCCAAAUGGUCCAACAGAAUCGUGACACGAGUCCGCGCAUUAGACGAGGCCUACUCGAGGAGUGGCCUUCUAUCUCAGAGCGACCAGAAACAGGCUUCGAACGUCCUCAGCCUCGUGGUUAUGGCAUUCGCGGUGCAAUGGGCUCAGUCUUCCUAUGGAAAACACGAAAACCUAAGCACUCACCAACCUGAACAUGGGAUCUUUGGGCGGAACAUGCAAAAGGCACUUUGGCAUAAAGCCAACGCGGCCCUCGGUCAAGCCGUGGCAAACCCGUCCUUCAAGGUCAUAUUUGCCGCGAUCAUAUUUUCUUUGACGCAACGUCCAAUGGACCCGGCAGAAGUUCUCCCCAACACACACUCACAUCGGCAGAAUGAUCUCGCGUCGCUGCGCAAGAUUCUCGAUCACGACGGCGGUCCUAUCUUCUUGGAUGUUGCAGUUCGCAAAUUGCAUGAUCACCAACGAAGACUCAAAGACGCCGAGCGCUCUCAGAAUGGGGGCCAACUCGCGUUGCAAGCGUCCCAAACUCUCGGCGAGCAGGACAAACAAACGUUUGGACUUAUGUUCUGGCUCGCCAUCAUGUUUGACACAAUAUCUGCAGCUAUGAAUCGCCGGACUUUCACGCUCAGCGACGGCGAGACCAGCAUCAACGAUGAUGACCCGCCGCCAGCCCCAAGGCUCUCAACAUCCAUCAAUGGCUUUGCCUGUGACCUGGAUGGCUACUCGGGUUUCUCGAACAUGAACAGCUCUCAAUUGGCUCGAGAGUCGCAUAUAUGGGGCAACUAUUUCCUUCGUCAGCAGUCUCGAAUUGGAGACGUCCGCAAGCAAACAACUCGUUGGCCUUGCUCUUAUAUUGACGCUGCUGCAUGCCUCGCCGAUGCUGCUCCUGUUAAAGUCCUCGUUUUCCGCAGAGUUGGGCACCUUCAAGAUCUUUACUAUCAACGCGCCCCACCUGAUGCGAUCGAGAACGCCAUCGCAUCCACACUGGAGGUCUAUAACCAUUGGAACAAUACCUAUGGUCGAUUUAUCACCGACUGUGUGGCAAACCACGAAAGCCUCCCCGCUCGCAUUCAAUCAUGGUACAUCCUCCUGGCUAGCCACUGGCAUUUGGCAAUCCUCAUUCUGGCCGACCUGAUUGAAAAGCUGGAUGAUUCGAAUAUGACCCUACCGGCGAAUCGAACUGCGAGACAGACAACGGAGUUCUCUGCAGCCUUGCGUUUCCGCUCCGUAUACGCUGUAUCCGACCUUGGCCGAUGUUCACGCUUCAGCAACGAAGACCUAUCAUUUUCGCAAUCGCCAGAUUUUCAUCAUGCUGUCAACAAGGCAGCGUUACUCACCGAGCCAUGGACGGUAGUUUUAGUGCGCUCAUUCGCGCACGCCGGUGAAGUCCUUGUCAAAUUGGUCCUGUCCAGGCGGGAACCCGGACUUUUUAUGGACACCAACCACCUCGCGGAAGCAAGAAGUCGUCUGAAUGACUGUAUCGAGGCGUUGUGGCUACUAGGAAGAAAAAGUGACAUGGCGUUAAGUGCGGCAAAAAUCCUGCAAGAGGCUGUGAACUAG